UGCGCAGCGCGCUGGGCGGGGCCCUCCCCUUGUUCGCCAUACUUGCUUUAGGAGAGCCGGGUAACAGACGGGCACAGCGCCACUGCAAAGGCACCUGAAAGCAUAACCGCAUUACAAAAAAGACAUGGCUGAGGAUGAGGUGACUCCAGAGCAGCUCACAGCAAUUGCAGCUGAAAACGAAGAGCCGGAGCCGGUGAACUACAGGCCACCGGCCCAGAAGUCCAUGAAAGAGAUCCAGGAGCUGGAUAAGGAUGAUGAGAGCCUACGUAAAUAUAAGGAAACUCUGCUCGGUGCUGGGGACUGUGCCGCCGUCUCAGACCCCGAUCUUCCAAAUGUCCAAGUGACCCGGAUGUCUCUGCUCUGUGACACCGCCCCAAACCCCCUGGAGCUGGACCUGCAAGGAGACCUUGAAGUCUUUAAGAACCAAGGGAUUGUUCUGAAAGAGGGUGUUGAAUACAAAAUAAAGAUCAGCUUUAAGGUGAACAAGGAGAUUGUUUCAGGACUGAAGUAUGUGCAGCAGACAUUCAGGAAAGGAAUUAAGAUUGAUAAAUCGGACUACAUGGUGGGGAGCUAUGGGCCUCGUCUCGCUGAAUAUGACUUCCUGACUGCGAUGGAAGAAGCUCCCAGAGGCUUGAUGGCGCGCGGCAACUACGAGAUAAAAUCCAAGUUCACCGACGACGACAAGCACGACCACCUGUCCUGGGAGUGGAAACUCAAUAUAAAGAAAGACUGGAAAGACUAAAAGAGGCCUUCUUGUUGGUUGGGUGGGGGGGCGGCGAGGGAAUUAAAGAGCCCAGUCCUGUGGGUUCCUCAGCUGCCCCCCCCCCCUCCCUCCCUACCCUUUCCCCCCUCCUCCCUCCCUCCCUCCCUUUUCCCCCCUCCUCUUCCAUAUCCGCCAUCUCUGCCUUCUUUGUUGUGCAUUUCAAGUCUUAUCGCCCCACCGACCUCCCCACCUACGUAGCAGCAGACCCCCAGCCCCAUCCACCCACCCAGCACCGCCCUUAUUUGCCUGAUGUUUUUUUCUACCAACCUGGCCACCCCCCCACCCAACCCACCCCCGCUACCAUCCACUCUAUCCCCCCCACUGAGCUGUUCCGUGUAGCACCUUAUUCCCUCACACCUAGAUGUUUUUUUAAAUUUUAUUAUGGAUUGUUUUGCUGCUUGAAGAGAUUAACCCCGCCUUCCGCCUCUCCAGAAUGGUGUCUUCCUCUCUCACUAUGAAAUAUGUGGAAAAGCAACUGUACAAUCAACUUUUGUUUGCCUUUUUUUAUACAAUUGUAUCAAUGGUUGUGUAAUGUGACUGUAUCCAUAUCACUGUUAAUCAGUGUUGUGUCCAUAUCUGAACCCACCACAUCACCGCUCCCCCCAGUUUUCCUUUUUGUUGCCGUCUUUUGAAAUAAUUACCAAUACCUGCCUUGUAAAAAACGAUUCAUUCGGAGCUGCUCUGCAGCGCCUUUCUUCCCUAAAUGUAUUCAUUCACUCAAAUGGGGGCUGAAGUGAACAAUGAAGUAAAAGGUAUUGGAAAAAGCUGCCUUAUGCAUCAACUAAAGGUUGAAGAUGUUUAUUUAGCAUGCCAUGUGAGUAAAGGUGGUGCUUGCUAUUCCAAGGACUUUCUCUCACUACCAACCUGUAACCACCUGUAGUGGAGAAUGUUUAUACAUGUAGGCAAAUACAGCCUGUAUAAACCGACCUUGUGAUUAGAGGGCCGCGAAUGUUGAAAAAUAGAAGAAAUGUUACAGGACCCAGUAUUGAUGAAUCCCGGCACUCAUGUUUCUCUUUAGACAUGAGGCCUUAAUAAUUUUUGGGAGGAAAACAAACAUUUUUGAGCAUUAUUUUGUUGUUGUUUUCCUUUGCCUUAAUGUACAUCAUAGCCCCGCCCCCCUCGUUCAGAACGCAUCAUCGUUUGUAGCCGCCCACUCGGGACGUCCCAGGUGUUCAGGAGUUGUAGCAGAGAGGUUGGGCCGCGUACCGUUUGCUGCUGGACGCCAUUGAGGAGUCAAACUGUCCUCUCAAAGGAAGCAAGUGACUCAAUGCAACAUGCUCAAUAUUUCAUGAGAGAGGAGGGUUUCUAAACGCACUCGACCAGAUAUCCCUUUUUUUUCUCUUUUUAAAUCACCUCGUACUGUACCGGAACAUAUGGAUGUAAAACUUGCUUUUGUUUUCUUAUAACUAUGUAUUCCUUCUCCAUACAUUCCUUCACAUUGUACAGUUUCUAUGAAAACACUGGCAUGUUGGUGGGGUUGUAUAUUCUAUCAUUUGUGAUUGCUCUUCUCAGCCAAUAAAAGAUUUUGCUCAA